CGUCCCUUCAUUUCUGUCUCCUCCUCCCGCCCCUUCCCUCUUCUCGCGAGACAUCGCCCCCUCUUCUUUCUUUUACCCGACGCUGCCAGCAUGCCUUCCAGACUGAGGAAGACCAGGAAGCUGAGGGGACACGUCAGCCAUGGCCACGGUCGCAUCGGCAAGCACAGGAAGCAUCCCGGUGGCCGUGGCAAUGCUGGGGGCCUGCACCACCACAGGAUUAACUUUGACAAAUAUCAUCCUGGUUAUUUUGGGAAAGUUGGUAUGAGACACUACCACUUGAAGAAGAACCAGAACUUCUGCCCAACUGUUAAUCUGGAUAAACUGUGGACACUUGUUAGUGAACAAACAAGACUGAACUAUGCAAAAAAUCAGGCUGGAUUAGCACCGGUCAUUGAUGUUGUGCGCUCGGGUUAUUACAAAGUCCUGGGCAAGGGGAAGCUGCCCAAACAGCCUGUAAUUGUGAAAGCAAAAUUCUUCAGUAGGAAAGCUGAGGAGAAGAUCAAAGAAGUUGGUGGAGCCUGUGUGCUUGUGGCAUAAAGGCUUUUUAAAUCAAGUUUGAAUAAAGACUUUAUCAAAUG